AUGGAAGCCACAUCAGUUUUUUGGCCAAAACUUGGAUCUCAGAUUUUUCUUAGCUCUUCGACCAAUUUAUGGCCGUUAAGCAAACUCUAUGGCUUUCACUUGACGUCAUUUCCCAGUAAGCCAUUGAAGCAUAUUCGUUUGAAGGCCACUAAUACUCUGACAUUUGAUGAUCAAGAACGUAUUCGCAAGUUCAAGAAAUUGCCAACUUCUGAAUGGACUCAUUAUGGCCACUCGAUUUCCAUCGAUGUCUCGGAAAUGGAUGCCCUUAGAAAAGAGAUCGAUGCACUAAAGCCGAUACUAAAGAGCACACUCAUGUCCUUCAAAGGCAUUGACUCGACAAAGAAGAGAAUACUUAUGAUAUAUUUGUUGGUGAGCCUUGGCCUUGCAUAUCACUUCGAGGAAGAGAUCUAUGAAACUCUAAAAAUGAGUUUUGAAAACAUAGAUAAGAUGAUGGACGGUGAAGAUGAUCUGUACACAGUUUCCAUCAUCUUUUGGGUUUUCAGAAGACACGGUUACCACAUAUCUUACGGUGUAUUCCAAAGAUUCAAAGGUAGCAAUGGAAACUUCAAAGAAUCUCUUACUCGAGAUGCCAAGGGUAUGUUGAGCUUGUAUGAAGCUGCGAAUUUGGGGACAACGAAAGACUUUAUACUGGAGGAAGCGUUGAGCUUCACAUCGAGCCACUUGGAGUCACUAGCUGCAAGUGGUACAUGCCCGCCUCAUCUCUCAGUGCGUAUACGAAAUGCUCUUGGUCUAUCUCAGCAUUGGAACAUGGAGAUGUUAGUCCCAGUGGAAUUCAUCCCGUUCUAUGAACAAGAAAUAGAGCAUGACGAGAUGCUACUCAAGUUUGCCAAGCUCAGCUUCAAGUUAGGACAACUACAAUACCUUCAAGAACUCAAAACCCUUACAAAAUGGUACAAGGAGCUAGAUUUUGCAACUAAUUUGCCACCUUACUUCAGAGACAGAAUAGUCGAACAUCAUUUCCUUGUGCAAGCAGUGUUCUUCUCGCCACAACUCUCACGUGAAAGGAUUAUGAUGAUUCAGUACUUCACCGGUUUAGCACUUCUAGAUGACACAUUCGAUAGAUAUGCGUCUCUUCAUGAGGCUGAAAGCCUUGCCAACAGCCUGGAAAGGUGGGCUCCUGAUCAAGCAAUGGAUAAACAACCUGAUUAUUUGAGAUUUGUGUUGAACUUUAUUUUGGAUACUUUUGAAGAGUUUAAAAGAGAACUUGGGCCAGAAGAAAGAUCUUACAGUGUGAAUGCCACAAUAGAAGAGUUCAAGGCAGCUGCGAAAGCGAACAUUGAUCUCGAAAAAUGGGCACAAGCGGAUCACAUUCCUAGCUUUGAGGAGUAUAUGGAGGUUGGUGAGGUGGAGGUCACAGUGUAUGCGUCCUUGGCAGGAAUUUUCAUGUCUAUGGGAAAGAUGGCUACAAAGGAAGCUUUUGAGUGGCUGAAAUCCAGACCAAAACUCGUCCAAUAUUUGUCUAUCAAAGGUCGUCUUAUGAAUGAUUUGAUGGGUUAUGAGGAUGACAUGAGUAGAGGAUAUGUCACGAACGCGGUAAACUGCUAUAUGAAGCAAUAUGGGGUUACCAAAGAGGAAGCUUUUAGGGAGCUUUAUAAAAUAGUUGUAGCUGCCAAUAAGACACUAAAUGAGGAGUUCUUGUCAACAACUGGCGUGCCACAUUUUCUUCUUAAGGCAACCAUUGAUCUUGCACGCAUGAUGACCGUCGCCUACAAUGUAAAUGAAGGAUUCACCAAUCCCCAAGGAAAAAUCAAGGAGUAUAUGACUUCUAUGUUUGUCGAUCAAAUCCAUAUUUGA